AGUGUGAGGCCGCAUACUUGAGCAUAUAGCUUGGAUGCAGUGCGUCAGCUGGUAUGCCCACAUGUUCGAGGAACAGAGAACCAUUCACUGAUAAGGACUCACAACAAAUCACUGACAGUUGUCUUUUUCCUAAGAAGAGUAUCACCUCUGACCAGUGUUUUUAUUAGCCAGGAGGAUGUGGGCGGGUGUGGAAUGUAGUGGCUAGCAGCCCAAUAACUUACACCUUUUGAAGACUAAAGAGCCAGCGAUGAGAUGCACAAAAAGAAGCCGAGAGAUGACGACCUGUACCGGGCUGUGUUACAUGUGCUUGGUGAUCGUGGCAAGUUGGGGGAGUCUAGAAUGUUCACACUAUACUGAGCCACUCGUGGCCACGAAGGAUGGCGACAUCAUCGUCGGCGGAAUCUUCCCUGUGCACGAGAGCGUCAACUUCAACGACAACUACGAUGGAAGGCCGUCCGAGCGAACGUGUACCAGAUAUUCUGAGGCUCGGCUGCUCCAGGCCCUGAUGCUGGUUGAAGCCGUGGAGUCCAUCAACCGCUCGCCCCUGCUAGGCAACCUGACGCUGGGCUACCGUAUAGUGGACUCCUGCUCGGACGUCACCACUGCUGUGGCUGUUACCCAGAGGUUCCUGUACGACUCUGUCUGCCCCCAAGAAGUCUGGAAGAGAGAUGGCUGGUACAACAGCAGGCCCACCAGUCCCUCUAGACCCGUCAACGUUGUCAUAGGAGGGUACCACUCAGAGAUCUCCAUCGCUGUGGCCAGGCAGCUGUCCAUCCAUCAAAUCCCACAGAUCAGUUAUGGCUCCACUGCGGGAAUUCUGAGUGACAAAUCUCGCUUCCCAGCUUUCAUGCGGACAGUACCAGAGGACAAUUAUCAGGCACAGGCAAUUGUUGACAUCCUGGAGGACCACGGCUGGAACUGGGUGGGUCUGGUGACCACUGAUGGGGACUACGGCCGAUAUGCCGCCCAACGCUUCCAGUACCAUGCAAAGAAAAAAGGCAUCUGCAUAGCCUUUACUGAGGUGCUGCCGGACAUCCUUGAUGACACAGAUCAGAAACGGGUGAUCGGCGAAAUCAUCCAGAAUAUCGAAAACGACACUAGAAUCAGAGUCAUAGUGUCCUUUGCCAAACCAGAUCACAUGAUGUACAUCUUUCAGAACCUGACGCUUAAUGCCAAGGGCCGCAUCUGGAUCGCCAGCGACAACUGGGCCACUUCCGAACGUUCCGUAGAGGACCUCACGCUCAGUGACAUUGGGGUCGUCUUUGGGGUCAACCUGAAAUCUGGAAAUACGUCGAACUUCGAGAAGUAUCUGGAGGGCCUGGAUCCUGACCCGGACGCUCACCAGAACAACACCAUGCUGCAGUGGUUCCUGUUGAGAGACGGCAAGGGCAAGGGCAUGGUUCAGCCCGAGCUGGGAGAGACGCUGAAGAAGAGCAUUUACCCAUACGCCGCGUUCAGUGUGGGGCUGGCGGUCAGAGCCAUAGCCAGUGCCGUGGCCAAGCUCUGCGCAAACAGAGACUGCAGAGGAGGCAAAGGGUUUGCACCCUGGGAGCUGAAGAGUGCUUUGCGGAAAGGCACAUUUGAAUAUGAAUCAAAUGGCACUCAAUACAAAUUCAAUAACCGUGGUGAUCUCGAAACUGGCUAUGAUGUCACACUCUGGAAGCAGAACGGAGGCCAGGUGUACAUGAAUGACAUCGUGGCCGGGUACAGAAUCAACACCUGUAAGCUCUACUUUGUGAAUGACGGCAACAUGAAGAUCUACAAAGUUGUGGGUAAUAUGACCUCUGAAUGUUCCGCAAGCUGUGAUCCAGGAAGCAUUAAGGUCAUACCGAAGGACAAGCAAGUGUGCUGCUUUGAAUGCACGGCAUGCCCACCCAACUAUUUCUGUAAUGAUACAAAUGCGGUGAAGUGCCUGCCAUGUGAAGACAGUCAGUGGUCUGAAGAGGGCAGCACCAUGUGCUUGGACAAAAGUGUCGUGUUUUUCAGCUGGAAGGAAGACUUUGCGAUCGUCUUGUUGUCGUUCGCCGUGCUGGGUGUGAUCAUCACCCUGGUGGUGCUGGUGCUGUUCCUGGCUCAGUGGUCCACCCCUGUGGUGAAGGCCUCUGUUGGGCCCUUCUCACUCCUGCUCCUCCUCUCUCUGCUCGGCACCUUCACCAGCACCGUGCUCUUCGUGGGCAGGCCCAACGACCUCCAGUGCCAGGCGCGCCAGGUGCUGUUUGGCAUCAGCUUCACCUUGUGCGUCUCCUGCAUCCUGGUCAAGUCCUUCAAGAUCCUCCUGGCCUUCCAGAUUGACCCCUCGGUGAGGCUUAUUCUGGACAAACUCUUCCAGCCCUACCUGAUCAUAGCGGCCUGUGUGGCUGUUCAGGUGGCCAUCUGUACGGUCUGGCUCAUUAUGAGCCCUCCUAAAUAUAGUGAGGAGUAUAAAGAAGGUGGUGUUAUUCUACUACAAUGCGAUGAGAGCUCCUUUCUCUUCUUCGGCCUCAUGCUGGCGUACAUCGGUCUUCUGUCUCUGAUCGGGUUUGCCAUUGCCUUUAAAGGCCGGAAGCUGCCAUACUGCUACAACGAGGCCAAAUACAUUACCUUCGGCUUACUCAUCUACCUCAUAUGCUUCGUGUUGUUUGGCCCCAUUUAUGCCCACGCUCCACCAGGCAAGUUCCUCCCGGCAGUGGAGAUGAUCGUCAUCCUCUUCUCGGCCUAUGGCAUCCUCGGGGCGCUCUUUCUGCCCAAGUGCUACACCAUGUGCUUCAAGAAAGAGUGCAACACCAAGGAGGCCUUCCGCCAGAACGUGCGGAACUAUGCCUGUCGGACGAGCCUAGAACCCCCGAGCAUCUCACUGACAGACAGCUCUGACUUGGAGGAGCAAUCCCGUGGCUCCCUGAAAGGCUCAAGCUCCCAGACAUCGCUGGUUCCCAGGGAGUCAUUUGAUGGUGUCUCCACAUUCUAUGAAGUUACGCCGGUAUUGGGCAUUUCCACCACACAUCUAUCUCCCGAUUCACCUGCACCAACAAAACCAGAAGAACCACGCUUCCUCAUGCCGGCAAACAGGAAGAAAAAGGCUCUUGUGAGGCGUGCUACCACAGAUUGAAGCACAGAUCUACUACUAAAAUAUUUAUUUCAUAUUAUACUGUAUAUAUAAAUAUAUAUAUAUAUAGUUAAUUUACUCUAUGUGAUCUUUGUGUGAGGUUAAUAUAUGAUGAACACCCGCCUAGGCAGCACAAAUGUCUAAAUACAGAUUAUAACUAUAUACUUUAACUUAUUUAACUAAUUCCUCAGAAGCCUUUAUACAGUAUAUGUAUGAUUACAUAAUGCAUAUGUAUGUUACACACAAGAGAGAGUACUAUAGCAAAUGUAUGUUACACACAAGAGAGAGUACUGUAGCAAAUGUAUGUUACACACAAGAGAGAGUACUAUAGCAAAUGUAUGUUACACACAAGAGAGAGUACUAUAGCAAAUGUAAAGUACUGUAGUAAGUAAUGUAAUGUACACAAAUGAAAAGAAAGGCAAUAGCAUAUUUUGCUCAAAAAUGAGGCAUUUCACUUGUUCAUUUAAAUCUUAAUUUAAAUUAAAUAAUUGUUUGAAUUAAAAUAUUUUCAUUUAAAUAAUUGUUAUGGUAUUUCUGUAAUCAAUUUCCAUUGCUGGGCAACCUUGGAAAAAUGCAACAAUAAAUAGAUAUGUAUGUGUUUACAAAUAUAUAUGUAUGUAUUUUUUCUUUCUGAAUCUUGGAUGGUAGGAAACAAAAGUAGUUACCCUAUAUACAAUUAACAUACCUCCAACUAAAACCUGCAUACUACUGCACCACACAUACUGCUGCUUUCAAUGGUUUCUAGAGGAAGACCUCUAAAGAGGUUUUAGUCCAUUCUUUGCCUGAAAUAUAUAUUAAGUUGAAAUGGAUUCCCUGCAAAAACAGUCAGGCCGAGAAAACCUUACAUUAUGUUCCUAGCUCUUCUUUCUAAAUCAAACUGUAUAGAACAACUUGCUACACAUUCUCCUUGCCUGUCUGUGUCUCUCUAAAUAAUUCAGUUCCUGUAUUGGCCACCAGAGGGAGAAACUAUACAACUUUUUGGACUUUGGACUACGUACAAUAUCCUCCUGGAAACCAAGAAAAAAAAUAUUUGUUGUGAUUUCCUUGAAAAAUGUCCACUACAGAAGACACAAGUCUAUGGGUUGAUUCUCAGGAGGUUACGUAAUAUGUGCCCUAUUGUGUGUGUUUAACUAACCCCUUCUCAUUUUUAUGAUGUUUUAUCUUUUGUAUCAUGUACAUUUUCACCUUUUUCUGUGUUUUUUGUUUUUGUUUUCUGCAUGCACUUUUCUUCUUAUUCAGGUGAGGAGCACUGAAAUCAAAAGCUGAGCUUGGAAAAACACAAAGCAAAGUGCUGUAAAGCCCAGUUUCACUGGGUUUCCUUUCUUUGUUCUGCAUGUCUCAUUUCUAGCUUACAUUGGCUGACAUGAUACUGACUUAUCCUGACAGUAUCCUUUUGAGCACAUGUCCAUAAUAAAACAUUAUUUUGGGCACAACUUAAAAACAACAAAAAACUUUGUGACCGUCUUUGAUAAUGUAGCAUGUAUGGUUCUUAUAAUAACAUUAUGCAACAAUUUGAACGAACAAGUAACCGAACAAGUCAGAUGCCCAGCUGGCCUUUUUUCUGUUAGAAUAGUCACUAAGAACUUAUUAGCUUGCUAUGUCUUGUGUCGCGCUUGCUUCAUGUUUGGCUGUGUUGGGAAGUUGUCAACUUGCUAGUUUUCAUCAUAAACAUCCUGGCCAAUGUAACCUUAUUGGUGUCAUCCUUGUGUCACGAUUUUUGUAGUUUUUCCAGAUGCCCAAAGUCAUCGACCUGUCCUGUUUCAGGCUAGCAUACAAAUAAAUUAAUCUCACGUCAAAAAAUUUGAUCAAUCUUCGUCAAUCUCACGUCAAUAAGCCUCGAAGUCUGCAAACUUGAAAACCUAACUCCGCUAGUAAUACAUUGCACUGUCCAGUGUAUAUUAAGCAUGUGGCCAAUAACAUUUUAUUAGAUUACACAUAGGCUACUCCACAUUCAAACGCUUAGAAAACAAUGUAUAUGGGCUGAAAACGUGAGCAGUAUUUCAGCGAAUUUAAAAUGUGUUAAUUUGGUUUUGGUUGUAUUAGCAUUCGUCUCGGAUGUCACAAUAAAUAAAACUAUGCAGAGUCAUAUUUGUGGAAAUGUUGUACUCUACCU